AUGUCUGUCUUCUGUUGUCACAGGCUGCUGGGGAGAAGAAUGGCAUUCAUUUCCUGGCUCUCCUGGCUGCUUUGGUGCAGCGCGAUGCUCUCUCCUGUCUGGGGGUAUGUGAUCGUGAGCUCGGUCUCCUGGUCAGUUACCAACGAGGCAGAGGAGGAGCUGGACAGCUCCUCCAACGAGGAGGUGCUGUCUUCGCUCCUCGAAGACACCACGAGCAUCUGGAAGCAAAGCUACCCGGCCUCUGUGUACAAAGAAGACAGCGCAAUGAGGUCCAGGCCAGAAGUGGGGAGGUCCAAGCAGAUAUCCUCUCCUUCCAGGAUGUUUUCCUAUAGAAGGGAAAGUGUCAAAGGGACAGGCAGCCUUCCUCCUCACAAGCUGAUCAUCAGGACUGCCCGAUCCCUGGCUCACACUAACAGCUGGGGCUUUCUGGCUACUGUAUCUACCCAGGAAAAGAUCAAGGGUGUGCCCUUUGGGAACUGCUUGCCCAUCAGUGAUGGUCCUUUCAACAACAGCACCGGGAUUCCCUUCUUCUACGUGACCCCAAAGGACAACAUUGUUGCUGACUUGAUGAAAAAUCCAGUUGCCUCCCUGACUCUGCCAGAAGCAGCAGGAGAUUUCUGCAGAAAAAAUAUCAUCGACUUGGAAGAUCUUCGAUGUGCCAGGUUAACUCUUACAGGCCAGGUGGUUUCAGUGUCUCCAGAAGAAGUGGAAUUUGCUAAGCAAGCUGUGUUUUCAAGGCAUCCAGUGAUGAGGAAGUGGCCCCGUCAUUAUGAGUGGUUUUUCAUGAAAAUGAAUGUCGAAAAUGUGUGGCUUCAGAACUGGCAUGGAGGAGUCUCCAACAUUGCAAUAGAAGAGUAUUUCAAAGAAGUUCCAAGUAAAGCUUGAGGAACCUUUAAGAUGGACCUCCACAGCUCCCAUCUUUGCUUUUAAAAAGGCAGUUGUUCAGAAUUAUGCCAGCCAGGCAACAGUUGGGCAGGCUUUCUUUUCAGAAAGGUUCCCAACAGACUAUGACCAGUGAACCACUGGGUUAAAGAGAGAGGUGAAGAUGGCCAUUUCCAAAUUGUGAAUUCCCACGGAUGUAAUAAAUGGCUUUUGCUUUAAAUCACUUUUGGUGAUUUAGGUCCUUUAGGUCACUUUAGGUCCACUCAUUUGGAGCUCCUUGGUGUGCAUCAAGAAGAUGAUACAGUAUGUGUUGAAACAGUUGGUUUCCAUUCUGUAGGAAAAGCGAUUACUCAUAUGAGAACAAUGUGACUGCAUUAAAGUGCUUUUUUUCUUGCUUUGCCAAAAGGAUUGUCCAAGUGUUCUAAGUUUGAUGCAACUAUAAAGGGUUUAAAUUAAUGUCAUGUAGCCAUAUGUG